AUGAGCUGGGUGGAUGAGCUGCGAAUCUGUGCCGGAGACGUGCCCCUCUUCUGCCAAUUAUACUGUCGGAUUACGGUACAUGCCCUCGAUUGGGUCGUUUCGCUCGAUGAAAUCUGGUUGAUGUCCGAUCGGGAUCGGGUACGUCUCAUCGCGAGCCAAGCGCCUACGAUUGUCAUCUCCACCCUCGUCUACAAUACAUACAAAUACAAAGCUCUCGGCGUCCUGUUUUGCCAUGGUUUUCAGCUGUUCCGCUCUGAGUCGAAAUCCCGUGAUGGCGGAAGUGGUGACUACACGUCGGUGAUGGUCGACUUUGCCCACCAGAAGAUCAUCUCCGUCUUCAAGGAGGUGUGCAUCACCGAGGGAGAAUAUGCUAUCCUCAAAUGCGCCACAUUCUUUACGGCCGUGGGCGUUAGCCUAUCGGACGAUGCGGCGGAAAUCGCGCGGAACGCCCGGAGGAGAUACGAGUAUUUGCUGUUAAAGUUGAUCGAAGACGAGAAGCCGAACUUCUCGCCGACGGCCCGCGUCCUCCGCGCCUCAAAAUUGCUCAGCGUCGUCCCAUCGAUUAUUCGACUCGGCAUCAUCGACACGCAGUAUUUGGGACAGAUGGCCUCGUUCAAUAUGGAAGGCAUGAAGGGACGGCUGUCUUAUGAUUUUCAUCUCAGCUCU